AUGUGCUCCACUGGAGUCCUACUAGCUCGCGCAUGUGCUGUGCUCAUGUGUUUGGCCGUCGUGGCGCGAGCACCGCCGGCCAAGGUCCAUGCCGCGGGGACAGGGAAUGGGCACCUUGGUAUCCCUACCAAUGCCUCCCUGGCGCACUGUCCCUCCUACUGUGGGGAUGUCAAAAUCUCGUACCCCUUUGGGAUAGGGCCGGGCUGCUUCCGGCAAGGCUUCGAGCUCACCUGCGACAGCACAACUGGUUCUCCCAGGCUCAUCUUCCAGCUGGGAAACAACUCGACUCAGGUGACUUCUAUAGAUGUCGGCAGCAAUUAUGUUUGGGCUUCUGCUGUUGGGUACAAUAUCACCAUGGGCUUAGGUGUGGACACCUACACUCAAUCCUGGGAGGCCCCUACUGGUGUUGUUAUCGAUUCUAUGAACAGUAUAUAUGUAGUUGGAUGUGGUGUCGACAUCUACAUGUUCGGUGAUAAUACGACAGAUCUCAUUGGUUCUUGCAUGAGUAUUUGCACAGAUAACAGAGAGAUCAUGGAGAGGGCAAACAUGGGCAGGGCAAACAUGGGCUACGCUGCCUGUGAAGGGUUUGGCUGCUGCACCAUCUGGUCAUUAUUAGCGGGCCGGCAAGCAUUUACUCUCAAGCUUGGCCGCCGCAAUAGUACGAUUGCACUGUUAGAUGAGGCGCUCUCUAGUAUCAAGUUCAUCUUUUCGGAAUACUAUCACUUCGUUAUAGGUGAUCUUUACGCAAGUUGGGUGAAUACAAGCAAUGUUCGAGAUAUGGUACUUGACAUUGCAAUCACGGACCAACCAAGCUGCGCAAGUGCCCAAUCCCAAGAGAACAAUGAUACCUAUGCAUGUAAUAGUGAAAGCAUCUGCAAGGAUCUACCAGUAUCUCGAGGAGGCUACAAUUGCUUCUGCCCUGGUCAAAUGGAAGGCAACCCCUAUGUUGUAGAUGGCUGCAUAGAUUACAAUCCAAAGGCACCCAAUGACAACUGUACGAGAUUAUGUGGAAACAUAACCAUUCCAUUUCCUUUUGGGAUUGAAGAAGGCUGUUUCGCAAAUGAUAACCUACGACUCAACUGCACAAGUAACACCACUACUAUUCUAGAUCGACGGUACGCACAAUAUCGUGUGACCGAUUUAUCACUCGAUGAUGGGCUUAUGACGGUUACAAACAUGCUGAAUGACACAAGCUCCAACAAUAUGGAGAGAGUAGUCAUCACUAACUUUGAUGGCCAAUAUCAAAGUUUCUUUACAGGUUACACGAAGGUUGUGGACGAUAAUUUUGAUUUCUCUCAGGAGGAUGUAGUAAUAAAAUGGGCUAUAGCAAAUAUAACUUGUCAGAAAGCUAUGUUGAAUAAGGCUACAUAUGCGUGCAUAAGUGACAACAGUUUCUGCAAAGAAGUUAUGCGAGGCAAAACACAUGAUGGGUACCGCUGCAAGUGUUCCGAUGGCUUUCAAGGAAAUCCGUACCUUAAAAAUAGUUGUACAGAUAUUGAUGAGUGCGCUAUUCCAAACAAAUGCAAUGGAAUAUGCCACAACUUUGAUGGAGGCUUCAAUUGUACAAGUUGCCGUCAUUGGAAAGAGUAUGAUCCAAAAAAACACAAAUGUGUCAUGUCAGCUAAGCAGCGUAAUCUAAUUCUCGGGAUUGCAAUUGGGCUUGCUUGUGGCCUUGGAUCCAUAAGUUUUGCACUUGGUGCGAUUGUACUCACCGGUAGGUGGAAAGAAGAUAUCCAAAGGAAAAUCCGAAGAGCAUACUUCAAAAAAACUCAUGGUCUGCUCUUGGAGCAACUAAUAUCAGAUGAAAGCGCUGCAAACAAAACAAAGAUAUUCACUUUGGAUGAACUAGAGGAAGCAACCAAUAACUUUGAUGCUACUCAUGUUCUAGUAAAAUGCUUGCUAUCAUGGGAUGAUCGAAUUAGGAUUGCACUAGAAGUAGCAGGAGCACUUGCUUAUCUACACUCAGCUGCCGCAAUACCAAUUUUCCAUAGAGAUGUGAAGUCUUCCAAUAUACUCUUGGAUGACAACUUCACUAUAAAGGUUUUUAAUUUUGGUGCUUCAAGAUCUCUUUCACUUGAUGAAACACAUGUGGUGACAAUUGUCCAAGGAACAUUUGGUUACUUAGACCCAGAGUAUUAUCAUACAGGUCAACUAACUGAGAAGAGUGACGUGUAUAGUUUAGGAGUGAUACUUGUGGAACUUUUGACAAGAAAGAAGCCAAUUUUUAUCAAUGAAUCGGGCGCAAAACAAAUCUUAGCACAUUACUUCGUUGAAGGACUGCAGGAAAGGGCUCUCAUGGAAAUAAUAGAUUCUCAAGUUAUGGAAGAGGCAGACCAAGAAGAGAUUAAUGAUAUUGCCUCAGUUAUAGAAGCGUGCUUAAGAUCCAAAGGAGGGCAUAGACCAAGUAUGAAAGAAGUAGAUAUGAAAUUACAAUUUCUAAGAACAAAGAGGCUAAGGAAGAAAACACAUCUUUUAAUUGAAAAGGAUGGAGAAAUAGAACCUUUGUUACGCUCAGGAACUCAACACACACAUGAACACAUUGAUGUGCUUGUCAAUGAUACACAUUUAAUAGUUCCAAUGAUGUAUGGGUGCUACAGCUUGGAGCAAGAAUUUGCGGCAUCAUCUAGUAUGGCUCGUUAA